CCAUCUGAAGCACGUCUAGUCGCCUCUGUGCUCAGCAGUAUAUUUACAGUGCUCUGCCUUUCACUGGAGAUCAAACGCCGGAGUACUCACGAACCAAGCAAACAGACAUGGCAGAAAACGCCGACUUGGAUAACCACCGUAUCAAGAGCUUCAAAAACAAGGGACGCGAUGUCGAGAGUUAUACAAAGAGUCAUCUUUAAGACAUCCCCAGUGUAUGAAGGCUCCCAUUGGAAUGAUUUGUCUAAAUAGUAGAUGAAGAUAGGAGUUGAUUUGUCUUUGGGAGCCAUCUAAAACCAUGGGAUGUAGACCAGUCCCAUAAGUGGUUGUUUUGAAACUGCAAGCUAACGUUACAAACACAUGGCUACUAUGAUGGACAGGCAGACAUUGCAAAGUGCGUCACUAGGGCUAUUUCUGGCAUCCUGGAUGUCUAUCUUGGGUUCUCCCAGGAGGUACAACCUGAUCUGGGGCCUAGUGGAGGGUCCAGGAGGUAGAUUAAGCCCUAAGAAGCACUGAUCUGGGACCAGAGAGUUGUGUGUUCCCCGCAAUGGUUGAUUACUGAAACAAUUUGGCACACACACUAUAGUAUUGGGGUGUGCAGUGGGAAAAUCAUAUAUUGGGGUUUGGUCAAGGUUAAAGUUUCCCAUAGCCACAGAUCUAGGAUGAGUUUGGUUAACCCAAAUCCUGACCUUAACCACAAGGAUGAUCUGACCCUGCUCCAGCAGAAGGGGCAACUUUGGCCAAUUCCUCCCAGUUCAACUGUCUCUCACUAAACAGCCUUAUGGGACAUCAUGUGAGAUGCAGCCAGCAUUACUUAUCAAAUAUCUGCUUUGCUCUGUAAAGUCUAACAUGUUUGGACUUGCUCCGUCAGUGUUGUGACCUUGGACUUAAUUGUUCAUCCCAGGUCACUGUAUCCAGGGGGGACACUCACUGUUGACUCAGGACACUGCCCACUGGUCAAGCUAUGUUUAAGCUACAGCCUAAUAUAUGUAUAAACUAAUCAUUGUCUUUAAUCUGAAUCCAGAUGAGAUGAAUCAGAUGUGUUAGUGCUUGGCUAGAAUAAAAGCCUGCAUCGACCCACACUGGCCCUCUGCUGAUCUAGUCGGUGCUCACACCGACGCUCUUGACUGGGACACUGUCUGGUUGUUAGAGAGAGGAGAAGGUGUCUCACUCAGACUAUGAGAAGACAUCGAAAUGACGUGACAGUGGAACUGAGAAAGAACAAACGAGACAAGCAUCUACUGAAGAAGAGGAACGUCCCACAGGAGGACAGUCUUGAGGACUCCGACAUAGACUCUGACUUCCAAGGGCAAAACGUCACACUAGAAGUUAUGUUACAGAAUGCCGCCAGUGAUAACGCUGUGGUCCAGCUCAGUGCCGUACAGGCUGCCAGAAAACUCCUCUCCAGUGACAGAAACCCUCCCAUUGAUGACUUGAUAAAGUCUGGCAUCCUGCCCAUCCUAGUCAAAUGUCUGGAGAGAGACGACAAUCCGUCUCUCCAGUUCGAGGCAGCCUGGGCCCUGACCAACAUAGCAUCUGGUACUUCACAACAGACCCAGGCUGUGGUCAAAUCCAAUGCUGUUCCCCUGUUCCUGCGACUGCUCCACUCUCUCCAUCAGAAUGUGUGUGAACAGGCUGUGUGGGCACUAGGCAACAUCAUAGGCGACGGGCCACAGUGCAGAGAUUAUGUCAUCUCCCUGGGUGUGGUCAAGCCCCUGCUGUCCUUCAUUAACCCCUCCAUCCCCAUCUCCUUCCUCCGCAACGUCACCUGGGUCAUCGUAAAUCUCUGUCGCAACAAGGAGCCACCGCCCCCCAUGGAGACAGUACAGGAGAUUGUUCCAGCUCUGUGUGUUCUUCUAUACCACACAGAUAUAAAUAUCCUGGUGGACACGGUGUGGGCUCUGUCCUAUCUGACGGAUGGUGGGAACGAGCAGAUUCAGAUGGUGAUAGACUCUGGCGUAGUCCCCUUCCUCGUUCCUCUGCUCAGCCACCAGGAGGUCAAAGUUCAGACUGCUACGCUGAGGGCAGUAGGCAACAUUGUGACGGGGACAGACGAGCAGACACAGAUGGUUCUCAACUGUGACGUCCUCUCCCACUUCCCCAACCUGCUCACACACCCCAAAGAGAAGAUCAACAAGGAAGCAGUGUGGUUCCUGUCCAAUAUCACGGCUGGGAACCAGCAGCAGGUUCAGGCUGUGAUCGACGCAGGACUCAUCCCCUUGAUUAUCCACCAACUGGCCAAGGGGGACUUUGGGACUCAGAAGGAGGCAGCGUGGACCAUCAGCAACCUCACCAUCAGUGGCCGGAAAGACCAGGUGGAGUACUUGGUGCAGCAGAAUGUAGUCCCUCCUUUCUGCAGCCUGCUUUCAGUGAAGGACUCCCAGGUGGUCCAGGUACUCCUAGACGGCCUCAAGAACGUCCUCAUCAUGGCCGGGGACGAGGCCAGCACCAUCACUGAGAUCAUAGAGGAGUGUGGAGGUCUGGAGAAGAUUGAGAAUCUACAGCAACAUGAGAAUGAGGACAUCUACAAACUAGCCUUCGAGAUUAUUGACCAGUACUUCUCAGGCGACGAGAUUGAUGAGGAUCCCAGUUUGAUUCCUGGAGCCACCCAAGGAGGGACCUUCAACUUUGACCCCGCUUCCAGCCUGCAGAAGGAGUUCAAGUUCUAGGAGCCAGCUUCACUAGUACUGUCUAACCAACCCCAGACAUUCAUCCAUCUAUCUCUCCUCCUAUCUGGCAACCUAAUACAGAAGGAUUGAACCAAUCUACUACCAUCACUAUUACUCCAACAUGGCAACCCACCUUGCGAUUGAAGGAUUCACCCACCAACUCCACAAUACGCCACCUCUGCACUGAAAGGUUACUUAAAACUACCACCUGCCACCACAACCUGGCAACCCAAUACAAUCGGGUCCAGGUAAUUAAUCCAGCAUCAGUACAAUCUGGCCACCCGUGUGGGGAGGAUCUCAGGCAAUCUUAGCAAAUGCUUUGAAAUGUCACGUGAAAAUCACAAAGGAAGAAAAAGCCUUUUGAGGCAAUAUUUUUGAAUUGCCAAAUGUCACUACACACUCGCACAAAAACACACCGUUGAAGACACUUGGGAAUAGUUUCUUUGCAUAUUUGUUUUAGAAAACAAUAUCACGAUACUGCGGUAUCGGAAAGGAUACUGCAGUUUAUUUGCGGUUUAUUUUUGUGCUUCACCUCUGGAUUGUCCCCUGGUCGUGGACCUUCGCUCGCUCUCCCUUGAUGUCCGAGUGCCCCCAAUUAAAGAUGUUUACCUCAGAGCGAAACCAUGAACAGGCAUGGACCCUGUCCUCGUCCCCAAAGUCCUAGGACAGGAAGAGGUGGGAUUUAGGCAGGGAGAGGUUUUUAGGCAGACUGAUGAGACAUUUUGACUCACUUUAUUUUAUUUUUUUGCUUUUGACUUCUUGAAUCAUGAGUUAUGGAUUUUUAUUUAUAAAAAAUACAUGUAAUUAAAAAAAUAUAUAAUGCUGCAAAACUGGUUCGUAUAAGUAUAUAAUUGUUUUGCAAUUUUGCUCUAAUUCAGGGGAGAGCAAAAUAAAAAAGCUUAAUUUUUUUCAGGUUGGAGGACAAUCACAGAGAAUGGUAGAGGACUAGGGCCCAAAAGCUAAUUUUAACAUGGGCAACUACAUUUAAGACUUUCACCAUUUUAAAGACUUCUUAUGGGUUAAGGAAGGCUCACAUAAUUCCAUCUAGGUCAUCAGCAAAUGAAUUCUACUCUUGAGUAAACAUUCCAUAACUGCAGGUGGCAGCCAACCUUGGCUUAAUACCUGUUCAAACAACACACCACAGGUGGCAGUAUGCACCCUUUUAGUUUGUUUACAAACUCAUAGAAGUAUUAGAAAAUGUACUACUUCAAAAUGGAGAUGGCCUCAAUGGCGCUGCCCAUUCUCUCACAGACGCCAUAAUGGGACCGGUACAAUGAUGCAAUGUCCACAAGGAAAACACUGUAGCCCUGUUUCUGUAGCAGGACAUGAAAUCCUGCUGCAGAAGUGAUGUCACUUCCUGUGGAGAGCAGGUAGUGAUGGCAUAGGUCUCGCAGACAUUGCUUGCAUUAACUAAUGGUUGUGUGCCACGUCAUCGACUGAAAGAUUGCUGUAACAUAUGAGUUGGUUAGCUGAUAUGUAAAAUACCUAUCCAGACUUUGUAAGAUCUGGAAUGCAUCAGAAACACCUGGUCAGAGGAACACACCCACUGUUGGGAGCACCAACAGAAGAGUUGACUGAAAACUAAAACAAACCUAUAUUUGGCAACUAAAACAAACCUAUAUUUGGCAACAACAACAAAGUAUUACCUCAUUCUUAUAAAAAAUGUGUUAUAUUUUAUGUUGAAAUAGAAAAGAUUGCAAGGUUUGUCUUUUUCUGGUCCAGGUAUAGAAAAUCACUGAGGCCUCUAGUGGCUGAAGGUCAUAUUAGAAUGAGCAGAGCCAUUGAGGGCUUGCACAAUUUUAAUGUAGUCAACUGGGUGGAACUUCCAACUUCAUUGGCUAAGCCCUCCUGGUGACCCUGUUGGAGUAAUAUCCAACUGGGUCAUCAGGAGGGAUCAGCCAUUUUGAAGAAGAAAAUUGACUACUUUAAAAAAAAUGGAGAUUGCCUCAAUGGCGCCCCCCGGCCGCCGUCCAGGAGUCCCCUAUCUCUAGGUCAAGUAUGUGGAGCCUCCAGGUUUACUAUUUUUACUUGUAGAUUUUCUUCUGUCUUAUGCACAUGUCUGAGUAUUAAUUUUUUCUCUCUUCCUGUGGAAAGAAGACCGGACUAACAGAGGAUAGAACACGACCUCUGACCUCUAAAGAACUUUAUUUUUUUAAAUGAGGUCACAGUUCAUAAGCUUCCUGAAUGUGUAUCUCUCUUAAACUCGUCUCUUGAGAAUAUAUAAAUAUAUAUUUCCAUAAAGCCUGUACAAAGCUGCUGCAGCUGAACAGUCAUUGUUGAAACGGACUCACUCUGCAGAACGAUAACAUUGGCUACUUCUUGUCAAAGACUGACGGAGGUUGUUUCGUUGACGUUUUGGGUAAUGGGUUGUGAUGACAUGCUGAGGAGCCUGAUACAGUUAUGUCUGUCUGUAGGGACAGACUCUGUCUUUGUACCGUCCAUAGCCAGUCCCAGUUUGUUUCCAGGAUCUAGGAAGUGUGAGGGCUAACGCUAACCCCUGGUCCCUUGUCUGGACUUAUGUUCCUCUGUUAUGGCCCAUUCAAACAGCGCACAAAAAAAGCCAGGAAGGAUUUAUAAGGAAUGGGUUUGGAAUAGGGGGGUUUUCAAAGCAGCCCAGGCUUGUUUUGGAACUAAUUGUUUAUUACUGAUGAACUAAACCCUAGAGGGUGUCGUGAACUAUCCCUAGACGGACCGAGCCACUUUAAAGAAUUACAAUGUCUUAGGUCUUGUAUCAGAAAACGAUACAAGCUUAUGUUUGUUGCAAGAUUUUUACUUGCCAGAGAAAAGUUGUUUUUAAAGAACUUCAGUGUUUUGGCCUUAGUUUCAUUUAUACAUUUUAGAUAGAAGAAUUCACUUUUAAGGUGGCUUGCUGAUGCUUUCAACUCUUGUGCACAUUAAAGACGUGAGUGGAAAUUCA